UAGGAUGCAAUUAUAAGGAGUCUGCUUGAAAGUUGUUUUCAUGAGAAAAUGUUCAUUGUUUUGGGACAAAUCUCUAGCAAAAACCCAAUUUGUUCCGCCGUUGCAGAUGUCUUCCCUCGAGGUGUGCGUUUAAAUUAAAACCAAUUCAGUUGCAGCGAUGAUUGAAAAAGUAACGUUGUUGUUGUUGUUGGAAUAGAAAUAAUUUGGCGUGCUGAAGAAAUUGGAAAGAGUUCUUGUGUUGUGUGUAAAAUUUGGUGUGAUACGAAUUUUGGAUACAAAUCUGGCGGGCAGUCGUAGGAGUUCACGGGCUGGAGGCCCACAACAGUGGACCUACGAGAUGUUACCCAACGGAGAAUACUCUCCGCAGACAGCGAAGGUCCGCGUCAACUUUCCACCAGACACGCUGGAUAGAAGACACAGCAGAUCUCUGCUCAUUCCCAGGAGAAAUAGGAGCAUGAGCGCUUGGAGUGACAUCAGCCGUUCCAGCUGGAGACUAGACGAGAGGUAA